GAUCGUUCUUCCGGUGUUUAGAGUCGGGAGUAGAGGGCCGCCAUCCGACCUGGGAAGUCCGACUUCCAAACUUGGACUGUUGGUCCCAGCUUUCCGGGAAGGGGAAGGCGGUGGAGGCUGCCCCCCGGGAGGAGGAGCUCCCCACGCAGCAGCCCCCCAAGGGGAAGGAGCCCCCCACGCAGAAGGAGCCCCGUGUCUCUAGCUCCAGGGCAGCCUGUGGUGAGAGCCGGCCCAGGACCCCGCCCGCCUGGUCAUCUUGGCCGUCCUGGCUGAGCAGAGAGGGGGUGACCAUGGAACACGUGGCCGGAGUGCUCAGAGGGAGAGGUGCUCUCCUUCCCCGAGCCUGGGGUGCAGAGGCUGAGGCCUGGAGGACUUCUGGGGUCCUCCCCACCAGCCUUUGGGUGAGUUGUGCUCGUCUCUCUUACGUGUCAUCUCGUGCCCUGUCGUUUCUGGCGUUGGAUACAAUGUCUUGCCUUUAUCUUGGAUGGUGUCAACUUUACCCAAGUACCCCGAAGGACCUGAGCCUGGCGACCUUUCCCAGAAGUUUGCGGUUUUAAUGGAUGAUACAGCGUAGGCUGUGUGUGUGGGUGUGUCCAAAUGGCUGUGUAAAUAUAUCCACCAGUAUGUGUAGUAUACCUGCUCACAUGAAUCUGUGACCUUCAAGGAUGUGGCCGUGGACUUCACCGGGGAGGAGUGGACACACCUGGAGCCUGCCCAGAGGGCCCUGUACAGGGACGUGAUGUUGGAGAACUAUGAGAACCUGGUCUUUCUGGGACUUCCUGUUUCCAAACUGGAUGUGAUCUCCCUGUUGGAGAGAGGGGAAGCCCCGUGGCGGCCCAAGGGAGGAGGCCCCCCAGGCCCUUGCCCAGAUGCCCUUAGUCAGGAGACCAGGUUUGAAACCAAAGAUGCAAGUCUGAUAAAAUGCAUUUACAUGGGGGAGUCAUCCAAGAUGAGAUGUCCAGUGAAUGUUCCCUGGCAUUCCAGGACAACUGAAUCAAUGGAACCAAUGGAAUGUUCUGCUAAUUUAGAGAUACAGAGGGACAACCAGGAGAGGAACUCCAGACUAACAACAGCCCCACAGAGAACAACUUGUAAUGAAAUGACCGGACCACAUUGUAUGACUUUGGAAGGAAAUUUUAAUCUGGCGUCCAUCUUUGUUCCAUCAUGGAGAAAUCCUGUGGAGAAAAGUCUCCAUAAAUAUAAGACACUUGAAAAGCAAGUAAAGGAUUUUUCCAACCUACUUAUUUGCAGUGCUUUUUCCUUAGGGAAGAACCUUUCUAAGUAUGAUAAAUGCAAGAAGCCCUUUAGUUACCACUCAGACCUAAUUAAAUUUCAUAGAACACAUACUGGAGAAAAGCUCCAUGAGGACAAUGAAAAGGGAAAAACCUUUGGUAGAAGAUCAUGUGUUACUGGAUGUCCAAAACUUCAAAUUGGAGAGAAACAUGAAUGUCACAAAUAUGGGAAAACCUUUAGCCACCGAAAAAGAUUGAUUAAAAUGAAGAAAAUUAAUAUUAGAGAGAAGUCCUUAGAAUGUAAUGAAUGUGGGAAAGUCUUCAAUGAUAACAAAAUACUUGAAAACCAUCACAGAAUCCAUACUGGAGAGAAACCUUUUGAAUGUAAUGAAUGUGGGAAAGGCUUCAGCCAGAGAGGAAACCUUAUUACUCAUCAGAGAACUCACACUGGAGAGAAACCAUUUGAAUGUAAAGAAUGUGGGAAAGGCUUUAGUCAGAGGGGAACUCUCAUUAGCCAUCAGAGAACUCAUACUGGAGAGAAACCCUUUGAAUGUCAUGAAUGUGGGAAAGCCUUCAGUGAAUGGGGAUCCUUUAAUAGACAUCUUAGAACUCAUACUGGUGAGAAACCCUUUGAAUGUCGUGAAUGUGGGAAGGGAUUCAGUCAGAGGGGAACUCUCAUUAGCCAUCAGAGAACUCAUACUGGAGAGAAACCCUUUGAAUGUCAUGACUGUGGGAAAGCCUUCACUUCAAGUAAUGGACUCAAAACCCAUCAGAGAAAUCAUACAGGUGAAAAACCCUUUGAAUGUCAUGAAUGUGGAAAAGCUUUCAGUGAGCGUAAAGUACUCAGAAUCCACCAGAGAACUCAUACAGGGGUGAAACCCUUUGAAUGUAAUGAAUGUGGGAAGGCCUUCAGUGACAAUAAUGUCCUCAAAAGCCAUCAGAGAACUCAUACUGGAGAAAAACCUUUCGAAUGUCAGGAAUGUGGCAAAGGCUUCAGUCAGAAAGGAACACUUAUUAGCCAUCAGAGAACUCAUACUGGAGAGAAGCCCUUUGAAUGUCAGGAAUGUGGCAAAGGCUUCAGCUGGAGAGCAAGCCUUAUUGCCCAUCAGAGAACUCACACUGGAGAGAAACCCUUUGAAUGUAAUGAAUGUGGGAAAGGAUUCAGACAGAGGGCAAACCUUACUACACAUCAGAGAACUCAUACUGGAGAGAAACCUUUUGAAUGCAGUCAAUGUGGGAAAGCUUUCAGUAAGAGUAAUAUUCUCAAAACACAUCAAAGAACUCAUACUGGAUUGAAACCAUUUGAAUGUAAUCAAUGUGGAAAGGCUUUCAGUGAUGGUAAUGUUCUCAAAAGCCAUCAGAGAACUCAUACUGGAGAGAAACCUUUUGAAUGUCAGGAAUGUGGGAAAGGCUUUAGUUGGAGGGCUAGCCUUAUUACCCAUAUGAGAACUCAUACUGGAGAGAAACCCUUUGAAUGUCACGAAUGUGGGAAAGCCUUCAGUGAGUGGGGAUCAUUUAAUAAACAUCAGAGGACUCAUACUGGAGAGAAACCCUUUGAAUGUCAUGAAUGUGGGAAAGGAUUCAGACAGAGAGUAAACCUCAUUACCCAUCAGAGAAUUCAUACUGGUGAGAAACCUUUUGAAUGUAAUGAAUGUGGAAAAGCCUUUAGUGAGAAGAGACACCUUAUUAGACAUCAGAGAACUCAUACUGGAGAGAAAUCUUUUGAGUGUAAUGAAUGUGGGAAAGCCUUUGUUGAGAGGGGGUCCUUUAAUAGACAUCAGAGAACUCAUACUGCAGGGAAAUCUUUUGAAUAUAAUGAAAAUAGGACAGCCAUUAAUCAAUGGGGAACCCUUAUUAGCCAUGAGUCAAGUCACACUGGAGAAAAUUCUUUGAAUAUAUUUAAUGUGGGAAAGGAUUCAAACAGAGGAGAAACCUUAUUAUAAGCCUAACAGAAGACUUGGUUUAGAGGAAAAAGUGGAUAUCGGGGAGGCUUCAGGGAGAAAACAGGCUUAUUAGACAUCAGAGAAUUCAUAGGGGAAAGAAAUUUUUUGAGUAUUUUAUGUAUAUGUAUGCAUUAAAACUUCCAGCACCAGUAAAACAACUUACGUAGUGACUACAGUAAUGUAAAACAACCUUGAAAAUUUUUGGAAAUCUAAUCAAUGAAAUGAUAAUUUACAUUGAUUCAGUUGUAAUCAGUUAUCAGAAGGCUAAUUGGCAGUGAAGUCACUGAUUGUAUGUUCAGUAUAGGAAAUAGAUUUUCCGACACAGCCAAGGGGACUUUGUUUUGUUUAACUAUGCUUAUUAUCAGAGAGGGCUUUUAUUUGGAGUAGGGGGAGUUAUCAGGGGAGAGCAAGAGGGUAGGAAUUGUUGUUCAGUUGUGUUCAACUCUUUGUGAACCUAUUUGGGGUUUUCUUGACAGAGAUACU